AUGAUAUUUUUAAAUGUAUUUUAUCUAUUAACAUUUACUUCAUAUAAAAAUUUUUCUUUUAAUUUUAAAUACAAUAAUCUUACCAAUAUAUACUCUAAUACUAUCUACACAAAGGAUUAUACCUACACAUGUGAUGAUGGCUAUACAAGGGAUUCUAUCCAUACAAGGGAUUAUGGCUAUACAACUAAUGGCUCUAAAAGAGAUAAUAAAUUGAAUAGUAAAUUAGGAAUAAAUUAUGAAGAUUUAAUGAAUAAUAAUGAAUUGGAUGAAAUUAGGAAAGAAAAAAAGAUUAAAAUACCAUAUUUUGUUGAAUAUCCAAUUGAUAAAGUUAUUGAUGAACCUGAUAUUACUAAAGAAGAUUUAGUUAAAUCUAUAUUAUCAGAAUUGGGAUUUUUUUCUUCCUCCGUAACGGUGACUGGUCCACCAAACAGUACUAACUAUGGUACCGUUGGAGCAAGCACCGUUACUAAGGGAAAGGGAGCUAAUUCUAUGCCUAUGGAGUGUAAUAGUGAGAAAAUUUGGAAUGAAAUUGCUGUUGUAACUAAUUCUAGGGAGUCAGGUACUUUUAAUGAGAAUACUGAGGGAGUUAGUGAGGAAGCCCCUUUCGGGGCUGGUACUGAUGGAACUACUGGCCGUGAACCUCACACCGUAACGGGGAAAGAUUAUUUAAUAAAAACUUCUAUUAUUGAUAAAUUUGAUAAUAUGAAGAAUGAAAUGGAAAGUUCAAUAAUAUCAGAAGAAAUAAGUCCAUCAUUAGGUAAACAAAGAGUAAGAUGGUUUCCAAAUCAUAUAAGUCGUAGUUUAUCACAGUUACAUUAUUAUUUGAAAAUGUCUGAUAUAAUUUUGGAUGUAAGAGAUGGUAGAAUCCCAUUCAUAUCACCCGAUGAUUACUUUUUCAACUUAUAUGAACAAGAAUUUCCCAAUAAACCAAGAAUUAUUGUUUUUACACAUUCUGAUAAAUUACCUAAAAUUGCCAUGUCACAAUGGUUAAAAUAUUAUCGUAUAAUUUUUCGUAAUAUUUAUAAAUCCUACGUUACGGGGUCUUCCGUUACGGUGUCAGGUCCACCAAACAGUACUAACCGUACCAAAGGUACCACUAGUACUAGUCAAACCAUUAGUCCUACCAACAGUACUAAGGAUAUUAGUACCACUGGACCAAGCACCGUAACUGAGGGAAAGGGAGCAAAUGACACUUUUAGUACUCCUGGAAAGGGAGCUAAUUCUACAGCCAUAGAGUGUACUACUGAGGAGGCCCCUUUCGGGGUUGGUUGCCAUGAACCUGACCCCGUAACGGGGAAAAAUCCAAUGAAUAGAGUAAUGUUUGUAGAUGCAAUAAAUGGUAUAAAAGAAAUAAUAUAUUUAAAAAAACAUAUAUUUCGAAUGACAAGAAGAAUAAAUAUUAAAAGAAUAAAAAAAGGAUUAAAACCAAGAGAAAUCAGAGUAAUUUUAAUGGGUAUGCCAAAUGUAGGUAAAUCAUCAUUAAUCAAUAGAUUAAUUGGUAAAAAAAUUACUAAAUCAUAUAAUAUUCCUGGUAUAACAAGAAAUAUACAAUUAUACUCCCAAAAUACUAAGAAUAACACUAAUAAGGGUAUUAAUAAGGGUACUAAUAAGGGUAACAAGGGUAUGAUUGGAUAUAAGAGAUUAAUAUUAAUUGAUACACCAGGUAUAGUAUAUAAUGAAUUAAAAGAUGAAAAAAGAGAUGAAAUGAUGUUAUUAUAUAGUGGAUUGAAUUUAUUAAAUGAAUGUGGUUAUGAAUUAGAUGAAGUAACAAUAAUAUUAAUUAAACAAAUAUUAAAAACUUUAUUAUUAAAUAAAAAUUUUAUACAAUAUAAUUUUAAUAAUUUUAUUUUUUUAAAUUCUUUCUUUAAGAAAUACUCCGUUACGGGGUCAGGUCCACCAAACAGUACUAACAACAGUACUAAUAGUACUACAGUUACUAAGGGUACUACUAAUACCUUAACUACUAGUAAUGGUACCACUGGAGCAAGCACCGUUACUGAGGGAAAGGGAGCUAAUUCUACGGCCAUGGAGUGUACUAAGGGAAAGGGAGCUAAUUUUACAGCCAUGGAGUGUACUAUGGGAAAGGGAGCUAAUUCUACAGCUAUGGAGUGUAAUAGUAGUAAUAUUGAGGAUAGUAAGGGAGUUGUUGGAAAGAGAGCUACUAGUAAGGAAGACCCUUUCUGGUCUGGUACUGAGGGAACUGGAGCUGUUGGUGGUACUAAUACUGGAGUUGUUGGAGCAAGCACCGUAACGGAUGAUGAAAUAGAAUUUAAUAUAAGUAUAAUAUUAGAUAAAAUGAGUAAAUGGUUUUUUGGUAAUAAUUUAUUUAAUUGUUGUAAUAAAUUCUUAAAUGAUUUUAGAAGAGGUAAAUUAGGUAAAAUCAUGUUACAAAUACCCAAUUUCUAUUAUAUCAAUUUCUAUAAUAAAAAUUCUAAUACUAGAAAUUAUAACAGUAGUAGAGAUUAUAGCGGUAGUACUAGUACAGGGUCAACUAGGGGUAUUAGAGGUAGUACAGAGUCUAGAGAUAUUGGUAGUGAUUCUACUGGUAUCGUAGAUUCUACUAGAGAUAUAAAAUUACAAUAUAAAAGAGGAUUAUAUGAAGGAUGGUAA